AAAGGCCGCAGUGUGCUUGCUUGCCAACCAUAGCCAACGAGCAGGGCUCAUCCACGGAUCGACGACAACCAGCCCAUCACACCCCGCAAGCUAAGCUAAGCGCGCAGCAAUGGCGGCGGCGCCGGGGCGGCCGCUGACGGUGGACUUCGAGGCGUUGAGCUACAUCAGCAGCCUGGUGGAGGCGUUCCAGGCGUUCGAUUCCGACAGCGACGGGCUGGUGACGGCGCCGGAGCUGCGGGGCCUGCUGGCGUCGCUGGGGCUGGACAAGUCGGAGGCCGAGGCACGCGACAUGCUGGCGCGCGCCGACGCCGACCGCGACGGCAAGCUCAGCGUCGAGGAGCUGCUGGACGUGAUGAACGCCGGGGAGCUCGGGCUGGGCGCGCUCGGGGAGAUGCUGCAGUCGGCGCUGCCCCAGCUCGAGGCCGCCGGGGCCGCGCUCGUCGGCGCGGAUGAGCUCGCCAGGGUGCUUGGCACUCUGGGCGACGCCAGCCGCGAGGACUGCGCGGCUAUUGUUGAGUGCCUGGACGGCGACGGCGACGGCGCCAUCGCCAUCGAGGAGUUCAGGCUCAUGGCUGAUCUGCUCUAGGACUGUGCACAUACGCGUGGAACACCAUGUCAAAAAGAUUGAAGUGGGGUUAGUUGUUCAUCUAUCUACCGGGAUCGACAAUAAUCAAACAGGAGCUAUGCGGUGUGUGUGUCGAUGCUGUCAGAGUUAUAAUGAACUAUAUAUGUGUGAACCUAACUGGUUGGACUUGUGGUGUCUAUCGAAAUUUAAAUGCUCAAAUUCUCGAUUCGACGCAGAUGCUUUGUAUUGACGUUUGAAAAGAAGAACUAAAUGAACUAUGCAUGCAAAAA